AUGCGACAACUAUUAUUAUUACGUCGUUCACUAAUAUCUGUACGAUUUUCUUCGUAUUCGGUAUCACCUCAAGCAACAAUUGCUCAUGAUGGACCGAAUCCACCUACACUCACAGAAAAUGUUGAUAUUACAAUAGCUGGUGGGGGGCUAGUUGGAAGUGCUAUGGCACUUGCUUUUGCUUCAUCUCCUCUAUUCAAAAGUCAUAAAAUAGUUCUUCUGGAAUCUCAAUCGAAACUUCCACAAGUUUCUAAAAAUAAACCAUAUAGUAAUCGUGUUUGUGCUCUUAAUGCUCAAUCAAUAAAUUUAUUUCAAAAACUUGGAGCAUGGGAUUUAAUGAAAUCUAUACGUGUUCAAAAAGUAGCUCGAAUGCAGGAACAUCAACCAGAUAAUGAUUCUCUUGCUUAUAUCGUUGAAAAUGAUGUUAUACAAUCUUGUUUACUUGAUCGAUUAAAACAAUUUAAUAUUGAACCAAGACUUAAUUCAAAAGUUAAAAAUUUUGAAUAUGAAGAAAAUUCUAUUCGAAUUCAAUUGCAAGAUGAAAAAAUUAAUCUUCGAACGGGAUUAUUAAUUGCAGCUGAUGGUUAUCAAUCAAGUAUUCGAGAAAUGGCACGAAUUUCAACCAUGCAAUGGGAUUAUAGUCAAUAUGGUGUUGUUGCUACACUUCAAUUAGCCGAUAAUAUGCCAGAUAAUGUUGUUGCUUGGCAACGAUUUUUACCUACAGGUCCAAUAGCUUGUUUACCAUUAAGCAAUACACAUAGUUCACUUGUAUGGACUGUACCAAAAUCUAUGCAUAAAACACUAAUGCAACUAUCAGAUGAGCAGUUUGUUGAUGAAAUUAACAAAGCAUUUACAUCUGAUGCUCAUAAACAGAAUGGAAUUAUUUCAAUAACAGAACGUAUUCGAUCAUAUUGGCAACAACUAAUUCCAGUUUCACCAACAACAUUUCAAUAUCCACCAGUUGUAAUCAAUAUUGAACCAAGAUCACGAGCAGCUUUUCCAUUAACACUUCUCAAUGCUAAUCAAUAUGCUCGUCCCCGUUUAGUACUUAUCGGGGACUCUGCUCAUCGUAUUCAUCCAAUGGCUGGUCAAGGAGUAAAUAUGGGUUUCGGUGACGUACUAUGCCUUAUUAAUAUACUUGAACAAGCUGUUCGAGAUGGUGCUGAUUUUAAUUCUUUGACAUAUCUUGUUGAUUAUGAACGUCAACGACAAUUACAAUGCUUAGCAAGAUUAUUAUCUAUAGAUUCAUUAAAUCGUCUUUAUUCAACAAAUUUUUCACCUACUGUUGCACUUCGAAGUGUUGGUCUUAGUUUUGUUAAUGAAUUUUUACCAUUAAAAAAAUUCUUCGCAAAACAAGCAGCUUCCAGAUCUUAA